GAAAAAGAAAAACCCCCUGAACAUAUUUUCUCCUCUCGCUUGGAAGCAACAGGACGGCCGCGUCCGUGCCAAGGAGAAGGCGUAGACUUCCUCCAAACAUUUCCUCCGCCAUCUCCGCUUUCGAGACUCUCUAAAGUUUUUGUGGAAAUCUUUGUAACGAGAGGACUUCUUUUUUUUUUUUUUUUUUAUCUGAUUCGUUUUAUUUCCCCCCACCAACAACACCUGGUUGAGUCUUUUCUCUGAGAAGGAUUCCUGCGUGUUUCCUCAAAGCUUUUUUUUUUUUUUUGUUUCUUUUUUUUUUUUUUUUUGCAGACAUGGACUGGGGAACGGAUCUUUGGGACCAGUAUGAUCACAUCGACAAGCACACGCAGUGCGGCCUCGACCUGGUGGAUCGCUACAUAAAGUUUGUGAAGGAACGGACGGAAAUAGAGCAGAGCUACGCCAAACAACUCAGGAGUCUAUCAAAGAAAUAUGCCAAACGAGGGAGCAAAGAAGAGCAAGACUGCAAAUUCAGCAAUCACGCAUCUCUCCAGGAGAUCCUGAACGAGCUGAACGAUUACGCCGGCCAACGGGAGCUCAUCGCUGAAAACAUGAUGACCGGCAUCUGUGUGGAACUCACCAAAUACCUUCAGGAGCUCAAACAGGAACGCAAAACGCACCUGUCUGAUGCCAAGAAGGCCCAGCAGAUGUUAGAGAGCAGCUUCAAACAACUCGAAAGUACAAAGAAGCGCUAUUCCAAGGAAUGGGCGGAGGCUGAAAAAGCCUCACAACAGGUAGAGAAAAUAGAGAGUGACCUCAAUGCCACCAGGCUGGAUGUCGAGAAGGCCAAGCAACAUGCCCACUCCCGCACACACACAGCGGAGGAGUGCAGGAACGACUAUGCCGCACAGCUCCAGAGAUACAACAAGGAUCAGAACCUCUACUACUACUCAGAGAUACCGCUGAUCUUCAACAAAAUGCAGGACAUGGAUGAGCGGAGGAUUCGGCGGCUGGCGGAGGGAUACUGCCAGUUUUCAGAUAUCGAGAAGAAGGUGCUGCCCAUCAUCACCAAGUGUUUAGAAGGGAUUUCUUCAGCAGGGUUGAAAAUUAAUGAGAAACAGGACUCCAUACUGUUCAUAGAGCAGCACAAAUCUGGUUUUGAGCGACCUGCAGACUUAGAGUUUGAAGACUACACCCAAGGAAUCAAACCAGCAACCUCUGACUCCAGCCUCAACCCUCCUAAAGUGCGCGCCAAGCUCUGGCCUUUCAGCAAGAAGAAUAAGCCGCUUCCUGCAGAAGAUUUCUCUCACCUUCCUCCGGAGCAGAGGAAGAAGAAGCUUCAGGCUAAGAUUGACGACAUCACCAAAGAGCUGCAGAAGACGCAGGACCAAAGUGAUGCACUGGAGAAGAUGAAGGGUGUGUACGAGCAGAAUCCUCAGAUGGGAGACCCUUCCAGUCUGGAGCCUCAGAUCUCAGAAACUGCCCAGAACAGUGGCCGCCUGAGGGGGGAGCUCGUCAAAUAUGAGACGUGGCUUUCAGAAGCAGUGGGAGGAGAGGAAUCUUCCAACGCCAUCAACAAUAAUAGUCAACAUGGCGUCGGAGCAGCUGACCAGUCUCAGAGCAUCUACACGGAGUUCGAUGACGAGUUUGACGACGUUGAAUCUCCUGUUGGCCAGUGCACGGCUCUGUACACCUUUGAAGGCAACAGCGAGGGCACCAUUUCCAUUACGGAGGGAGAGCUGUUGAGUAUAAUGGAGGACGAUAAAGGAGACGGAUGGAUGAGAGUCCUUAGAGCCAGUGGAGAAGAGGGCUAUAUUCCUUCAUCCUAUGUCAAACUUGCCCCAUAACACACACACACACACACACACACACACACACACACACACACACACACACACACACACACACACACAUACACAUACACGCACA